CCCCGGUGAGGGCCUAAGGACAGAGACUUUUUUUCUCACCAUGAGUGUCACCCCAGAGGUCAAGAGUCGUGGGAUGAAGUUUGCUGAAGAGCAGCUGCUAAAGCAUGGAUGGACUCAAGGCAAAGGCCUCGGCCGGAAGGAGAAUGGCAUCACCCAGGCCAUCAGGGUGACAUUGAAGCAGGAUACUCAUGGGGUGGGACAUGACCCUGCCAAGGACUUCACAAACCACUGGUGGAAUGAGCUAUUCAACAAGACUGCAGCCAGCUUGGUAGUAGAAACUGAGCAGGACGGAGUUAAGAUAAGGCGCCUUUCUAAGGAGACUACCCGUCAUGAAUGUCCAAAACCCAACUUGCUGUAUCAGAAGUUUGUGAAGACAGCCACACUGACUUCAGACGGGGAGAAACCAGACAAGGACUUGGAGAACUGCAGUGAUGAUGACAGCCAGGCAUCCAAGUCACCAAAGAUUCUGACUGAUGAGAUGCUGCUCCAAGCCUGUGAGGGGCGAACAGCGCACAAAGCUGCCCGUCUUGGGAUCACAAUGAAAGCUAAGCUUGCUCGGCUGGAGGCCCAGGAACAGGCCUUCCUGGCUCAUCUCAAAGGCCAGGACCCUGGGGCCACUCAGUCACAGCCUGACAGCAAGCCCCCCCACAAAAAGAAAAAGAAACGAAAAGAGGUGGAAGAGGUUACAGCAACUGAAAGGACUGGAGAAGUGGAAUGCCCAGCAAAGACUGACCAGCAUAUGAACACCCAGAACAGACUGACUGCAGUCCUAGAGAGCAGGAAGCACAAGAAGAAGAAAAGGCGACAUCAAGAAGACAAAGUCUCAGCUGAGAGAGAGGGAACUGUAGAGAGUGAGGAAGAGGCUGCAGGAACAAGUGGGCUUGGGGAAUUGAAGAUUGGAGAACAAAUUGAUCAACCCCUCAGGAAAAGAAAGAAAAAGAAGAGGCGGCAGCAAGAGGAAGGGAUCUUGGAUAAAGGACAAGGGGGUAAGGAGGCUGCAGCGGGUGACGACAGGACAGAGGAGGUGGAGGACAGAGCACACACUGACCAAUGCAGCAGAAGCAAGAAGAGACGGCAGCGUGAGGAGGAGGACGGUUUGAACACAGAGGAUGAAGAAGACAAGGCAGCUUCUGUAAAUGACAGAACUAGAGAAGCAGCAAACAAAGUAGGCAGUGACCAAAGUAGCAGGGGAAGCAAGAAAAAAAGGAAGCAGCAUAAAGAGGAGGAGGAGGAAGAUGAGGAGACUGCAGGGGCUGGCAAGACUAGGGAAACAGAGAGCAGAACACAUACUAGUCCAAGCAGUAGAGAUAAGAAGAGGAAGAAGCAGCAGCAUCCAGAGAAGGAAAGAGCUGAAGUCAACGCUGGCCAGAGGGCCAAAAACAAGAAACAGAAGAGAAGAGAUUGA